UCAGCCCAGCCCGCUGUCCCUCUGAGUCACUCUUUCUCACUGCCCGUGGUCACAGUCCACCAUUUCUUUCUGAAAUAAUACAAGGCACGAGUCAGAACGCAGCUACAGGACCGUGGAAGGAUUCGGGGCCCCGUAUCCAAGCAGGGAUAGACCAGAGGGCACUCCAGAGAAGGACCAGGAAUGAGUCAGUAAUCCAGCUGUACACAGGAAACCGCUGCAUCAGCCCCAGCGCGCGGCUUCCGAACAGACGCUGCGCGCCCGCCUCAGAGUGUUGGCAUCUGCGGGACAGCUCCUCAGCCUCUCCCCCCUCCCUCCUCUCUCCCCUCCACACCGGCCCGGCUAUGUUCCUCCAGCACCCGCCCUCCCUGUCCCGGCCUGCGAUGGACAGCAGCCUGAUUCGCCUGGUGCUGAUCCUGGCCAUCUCGGAGCUCACCACCGUGACCCCCCUCAGCCUGGAGGCCAUACCUCGCGUGACCUUCCUCCGAGGUGACCCACGCCGGAUGUUCGCCAGGUUUUCCCGGGAUGGGCACCGUAACUACAGCACGCUGCUGCUCAGCGAGGAGAUGGAGACUCUGUACGUGGGAGCUCGCGAUGUCCUGUUCGCUGUCAACACCUCGGUCGCUGGGCAACUGGACCUGAUCAAGGAGCUGCCGUGGAAGGCGACAGAGAGCAAGGUCCGCGACUGUUCCUUUAAAGGGAAGAGCAAAGAGUGGGACUGCUUCAACUUUAUCCGUAUCCUGUUACCCCUGAACGCCAGCCUCCUGUACACCUGUGGGACCUUCGCGUUCAGCCCAAGCUGUGCCUAUAUAGAUGUGGGAACCUUUUCGAUGCUGCCGGACGCAGCUGGCAAUCCCCGAACCGAGGCAGGGAAAGGGCGCUGCCCCUUCGACCCCAGGCACAAGUACACGGCCACCAUCGUGGACGGUGAGCUGUACACAGGAACAACAGACAACUUCCAAGGGACUGAAUCGAGCAUCUUCCGCAACCUCGGUCCCAGAGUGGCCUUGAAGACUGAAAGGUCAUCCACCUGGUUACAAGAUCCGACCUUUGUGGGCUCCAGCCUCCUCCCGGAGAGCGACGGCGAUAAGAUUUAUUUCUUUUUCACUGAAGCACGAAGCAAGACGGAGCUCCGCCAGAAACUGAGGCAGCCGAUGGUGGCCAGAGUCUGCAAGAGCGAUGUCGGUGGUGAGAGGGUGCUACAGAAGCGGUGGAUUACUUUCCUGAAAGCGCAGCUACUGUGUUAUCUCCCUGACGACCAGUUCCCCUUCAACGUACUCCAGGACGUCUUUGUGUCCGGGGAUGGGGAUGAGCCAGUGGUUUACGGGAUCUUCACCUCCCAGUGGCCCCAGGGUAGCUCUGACAGCUCAGCAGUGUGUGCCUUCUCCUUCCGGGACAUCCAGGCCGUUUUCAACGGUUCGUACAAGAUGCUGGACCGGGUGACGCAGAGCUGGUCUGUGUAUACCCACCAUGGGCAGGAGCCAAGGCCGGGAGCAUGCGAUAUGGACCCAUCCAUGGAUUUCACUCUGAACCGAGUCAAAGACCUGUUCCUGAUGGAAGGCGUGGUCUAUCCCAUCGAGCGCCGGCCCCUGUUGGUGAAGGUCAGGCUGCGGUACACAAAGAUAGCAGUGGACACUGUCCUGUCAGUCACCUCCGUCACAUACCGGGUGCUGUUUCUCAUCACAGCCUCAGGUUACCUACACAAAGCCGUUGAGAUCGACUCCCAGCCUCACAUUAUUGAGGAACUGCAGCUCUUCCACGGGCCAGAGUCUGUCCACAGUGUCCUGCUCUCGUCCAAAAUGGGCGUGUUGUAUAUCUCCUCAUCGACGGUGGUCCUGGAAGUGCCUGUUUCCAACUGCACAGUCUACCCCAGCUGUGGGCAGUGUGUGUUAUCCCGAGACCCCUACUGUGCCUGGGACCCCCAUGCUGGAGCGUGCAGGGAGACCCGGGGACAGGAUGAUGUGUACCGUUGGAUUCAGGACAUUGAGAGAGCGGCCGCAGGGUCAGUGUGCUCAGUCCGGGCACAGCCUAGAAUGUACACACCAAAGGAAGUGUUCUCAGCAGUUCCUGCGGAGCCUGUUGUGAUGUCCGUCCAGGUGAACACUCUGGUCACUCUGCCAUGUCGUGCCCCCUCCAGCCUAGCACAGAGGAACUGGACACUCAACGGGGAACCGGCAUCAGGGUCAGAGGUCAUCGAGCAGCCCCUGGGCCUCUGGCUGGUGGCUACACCAGGGCUCCAGGGCGUGUGGGAAUGCUGGGCGACCGAGAACGGAUACAGAGCCUUGCUGGUGAGCUAUUCCCUCCAGGUGUCAGCGGGCGAGAGGCCAGCGGGCGCGGAGGGCCAGCUGUCGAGGGCUGGCGUCACAGUGACGACGUACUGGAAUGAGCUGGUGCUGGUUAGCGUGCUGUUCGUGGUGUCUGUACUGACGUUGGUCGCCUACAUCGGCUACCACCGCUCCCAGAGCUGCUGGGCGUGGAAGCGAGUCCGAGUUAGCCAGAGCCCCCCGGACAGCGGAGAGCAGGAGGAAAUCCGGCCUGGCUCCCCAUCCCCGGGAAGCGACACUCAGAUGCACCAGACACACCACCCUGGCGCCGAAGGCAAUCUGCAGGGAUCACAAUUGCCCCUAAAUUGAACUGGACAGGAGGACACUGGUGCGGGUGGAGG